GCCGUGGCCGCCGACACCGAGCGCUGCUCCCGCAUCGGCCGGGACGUCCUGGAAAGCGGCGGCACGGCCGUGGACGCUGCCAUCGCCGCCCUGAUCUGCACCUCGGCCAUGAAYCCGCAGAGCUCGGGCCUGGGCGGCGGGGUCGUCUUCACCAUCUACAACGCGAGCUCAGGAAGGGUCGAGGUGAUCAACGCCCGCGAGACGGUGCCGCGCGUGGUCCCGCACAACCUGCCCGUGGGCUGCGCUCUCCCCAUUGGACCCCAGUGGAUUGCUGUACCAGGAGAAAUCCGUGGGUACGAGGAAGCCCACAAGCGACACGGCCGCUUACCCUGGAAAUCCCUGUUUGAGCCAACCAUCAAGCUCCUUUCUGAGCCACUUACCAUUUCCCCCGUUUUGGACAAAAUCAUCAGUCACUCAAAAUUCUCCCAGCUAGGACGGAAACUCUGCCCCUUGAUCUGUGAAGGGCAGAGGUUCCUGAGGCRUGGAGAGACCUUCAGGUGGCCGGCCCUGCAGCGGACGCUGAGGACUGUGGCAGAAAGCGGCGCCUCGGCCUUUUAUGGGGGCCUCGUCGGCCAGGCCCUGGUGGAGGACUUGAGGAGAGCGGGCUCCAGUAUCUCCCUGGAGGACCUUAAGGAAUACAAAGCAGAGGUGACCUCGGCUCUGAACAUCACCCUGAACAACUCCACCACGGUGUUUGCGCCCAGGCCACCCCUGGGAGGUGCUGUGCUCCUCUUCAUCCUCAAGAUCCUGGAAGAGUAUAAGCUCCGUGAAGAAUCACUGGCAACACUCGAGAAGAGGGUGGAAACCUACCACCUCAUUGCAGAGGCUCUGAAGUUCGGCAACAUGCAAAGACCCCUCAUGAGUGACCCGGCCUUCUCUGAUGCCCAGGUGACGGCUGAGGCCCUGCUGUCGGACGAUACUGCCCAGCUCGUCAGAAGCCGGAUGGACGGCCACGGUGACCACCCGCUCAGCUAUUACCAGCUGUCGGCGUCCAGCCCGAGCCACGGGUACCAAAGCAAGGGCACCACGCACGUGUCGGUGCUCGCCGCCGACGGCAGCGCCGUGUCCGCCACCAGCACCAUCAACUACCCGUUUGGCUCCUUCGUGUAUUCCAACCAAACCGGGAUCAUUUUAAAUAAUGAGCUUGCUGAUUUCUGCAUAGCAAACAGAAGCAUUAAGCCAGGGGAGAGGCCUCCUUCAGCCAUGGUGCCUUCCAUUCUCCUAUCCAAGACKGGAGACAUGCUGGUGAUCGGAGGAUCCGGAGGGUCCUUGAUUGUCAGUGCUACGGCGAUGGCUAUCAUAAACAAGCUGUGGCUUGGCUAUGACCUGGAACACGCCAUUGCAGCUCCCAUCAUGCAUGCUGAAGGUAACAGAAUCCUGUUUGAGAAAGGCUUCAGCGAGGAGGUGAGGAGAGGCCUGCUGAGAAGAGAGCAUAAAGAAAAGGAAUUCAUGUUUGGAAUGAAUGUUGUGCAGGGGAUUUCCAAGGAAGGAAAAUGCAUCUCUGCUUACUCGGAUAUAAGGAAGCUGGGGAAAUCAGCUGGAUAUUAGCAUCAGAUGUCAUGACAGCUCCUCUAUUCUAACCAAAAGCCCCAGAGGAGAACUAAAUUUGGCUUGGGCAUGCCAGCAUCAGUUGUUCUCUUGAGGGUACUUCCAGAGGAUGGACAAAACUGCUGAUGACGCCCAACUCCAAUGGACUGCAAAUACCCUCAGGCAAAACAAGGAUACGUCAGCCAGCUUUGAUUAGAGCUACAUCGUCCAUGACAUCUUCCAUAACACUUCAAUAUUUGGAAAAGCGUAUUUCUUGUGCAGACCAGCUAUUCAAAAUAGGAAGAUACACAGUGGGAAAAGGAGAACUGGUCCAAAACCCACUGGGAACACUGUGACCUAGCUGUAUCUUCUGUUUGUGCUGCAGAGCCUCAGUUAAGAGCAUAAUUAGUUUCUUUAGGGCUAUUGCUCUGAUAAGCUUGUUACUGGGACCAGCUGUGCUGAAGCUUCCUGCAGCCUCACACACUGGUGCCCUUGCGAGUGAGGCUCCCAUGGAGCAAUGUGAAUUCCCCGCUCCCAGAUCUCCCUCCUUCCUGCCCUUUGCCUGCYGAAGGGAAGCACUUUGGGAAGGCAGGUGGAGGCCUUUGGGAGGCCAGCUUUGGAAGGGACGUUGUUCUUGAGAGCUUGGUAAUUUUUUGCAGAAUGCCAAGGAUGCAGAACGGGAUGCCUUGGUUUGUUGCCAUGGGCUCAGUCUAGUCAGGCAACYACCACCAGGACAGUUGAGAACUGCCGUGCAGCAUUUGCAGAAUAUUCUUUUAUUCCCUAGCCUAACUGCCUGUUUACCAAAACCAGUAUCUAACAAUCACUAAAGAGGAUGAGGAGAAAAUUGYAGGACCGUCUUAGCAAUUGUAAGAACCAUCACUACCAGAAGAAACUCCUGGAGGAGACCCCCGAACCCAUUCACCUUGAUGCACUUCCUCCCUAACCUUGCCCUGCUCGCAAUGACUAAGGGAAUUAGAUGUGCAAAAAGACAUAAUUAACAAAUAUUUAUCAAGGCACUUGGACAUUAGGCAGUGGCAAGUUGCAGCAGUGCCCAACAACUCCCUCCAACCUGUCUGCCCUUGUAUAGCAAAGUCAGAGCAAGGCUCUAACCCAUCCCUCCUCCUCCUCCCCAAACACGUUAUAUCUCAUCUCCCAUUCAGCCCUCAGUAUUCCCACCCCACUUUUAGAGAAGUUCCUAGGAAAGGAACUUGGAAACUGCCUCUGUAAACACUGUGACAAGUAUCUGAGCACACACCGUUAAAGCAAAUCCAAGCCAGGUCUAGCCACUGUGAACAAAGCCAGAUAGGUUGUGAGUCUGUGUUAAUAACCAUAAAACCCAUCCAAUGAAGCCAUCAACUUGUUGAUAUCUCAACUCUCAAUAUUAGCUUAACAAUGUCCAGAGUGAAGCUGACAAGAGCCAGACAAGUGUUUUCCUUCGGAAACUCCACGCUAAGGGUGAUAGUUCAGGGCACGAGCACAGCUGUGUCAGAGCUGAUACACAAGUAUUUCCAAGUUGCCACAUGAUGCCCACGAGCACUUAUUCACCUGCAUUUACAGCCAGCUGCAUGCAUACCCCCACAUCUUCUUCAACUGGAGCUCAAUUCCCUAUUUCAGGAAAGUCUUAAAGCUUCUUAAAUAUUUGAGCUUCUUGAAGACUUCACGUUUCUUGAGCAGAGCCACAGAAGUAGCAAAACACUCUGUUAUAGAGCAUUAGAGCCUCCAUCAAACUCACAUUGAUCACAUUCAUGUUUCAACGGAGACAAGUGCAAUGGGCCUCCAGCUUGAAGUUGGGUGGUAUUUCUGUUUAACUUUUUGGAUAGCCAGUUUUGACUUCUAUGAUUUGCUGAAACUAAAAGUUUUCUACUUUUAGCAAAGACUUCCUCACUUCAGCUACUGUGCCUGAGGUGUUCCAGUGCUGGAAAUACCCUCUCCAUGGCAGUGACAUCCCAGGGAAGCACCUACAGGCACCCGACACCCCUGCAGCUCACCUUUCAGGACCAGAUGGACUAACUAGGCUGGUUGUUGGCUACAGCAAGAUGUGCACUUUUUAGACCAACUGUGCUUAGAGCUUAUGGAGAGCAACCAAAACCCAUCUAGAAGCAGGGAGCAUAGUUCUUGCUUUCCUAUUAGGCUUCAGGACAGGCUCAGCUGUGCCCUGCCUCACCCCGAUGCCAGGUAAUGUUAUCUACAGCCCACCUUAUCUACAGCCCAGUGCCACACU